ACAAAGAUACUAAAGUUCAUCUAAUUUACAUCAUUCCAACUGUUCCCACUUCUCAUAUGCAAUGAAUUCUCUAAAAAGAAUCGUUUCCUCGCAACUAUGUACAACAAGAAUGGGAAAUUUGAUGAGAAUUGCGAGUGCUUCGCAUUCAUUCGAUGUUAAAUGGAAAGAAAAUGUGAGGAAAGCGGAAAAAAUUGUUGGUUAUCCAACCUCCUUCAUGAAUUUACGAUGGUUACUUGAAGAUGAAGUUUCCACCAUCGCUUCUUACAUAUCAAAACUAAUUGGAUCCAAGCAUCCUAUGGUUGAUGUUGCAAGGAAUGUGAUACAGCAAAGCGACAUCACAAAAUGGGGAUUGAUUGUUCUCUUGGUAUCAAAAGCUGCUGGAAUCAGGCCUGAAAUUUCUGAAAUCGAACAGGAUGCUCUAUCAGGUAUUCUCCACACCCAACGGAGCCUAGCAGAAAUCACGGAAAUGAUAAAAACUGGACACCAAAUGCACAAUACAGUAAUGAAUGUGCAACAAGGAGAUGAAAACUACCAGAGCAUUCAUUUUGGAAAUAAAAUCGCUCUAUUAUCAGGUGAUUACUUAUAUAGCAAGAGUUUCAAAGACCUGGCAGUGCUCAAUAACAAUGACUUGAACGAAAUUAUUGCAACAUCUAUACGAGAUCUUUCGGAAGCAGAAUUCCUCGAACCUAGGGAUAAAUACAAUAGGCCUCUUCCAAGUAAGAUGGAUUGGAAGAAAUAUACCGAAAGCAUAAAAUCCGCUUCGGACAAAGAGCCGUACGAAGUAGGCAGGUUUCUGGGCAUCGCUGAGGAAGAAUGGAUGCUGAGAACUCUACUCGGGGGUGUAAGUUUGCUGGCAAAAGCUUGCAAAGGUGCUUUGAUGCUCGGGGGCCAUCCCGAGGAAUUACAAAAGAGAGCUUUCGAUCUGGGAAGGAGUAUCGGACUCGCUUGGCAAUUGCAAGAGGAUAUCAAACCUUUCGAGGGCGAAAACGAUUUACCUUUCAGUCUAACCAAUGCUCUUGUUAUGAUGCACCUUACCGAUGACCCUGAUAUGUAUGAACUUAUUCAACAGCCCAACUGUCCAUAUGAAGAAAUCAGAGAAUUGGUGAGAUAUGGGUUGGCUAUAGAUAGAGCCCUUGAUUUGCAAUCGGAUCUUUACACGGAGGCUGCACAAGCUUUGAAAGGUUUUCCUACCAACGAAGCUCAUCAAUGUCUUCUCGAAAUGAUUAAUACGUUGACUAGUAGCUAUGAUUUGCCUUCAAACUAAUAAUAAUUAUUAUAUAUCUAUCAUUAAUGAAUUAAUAUUAAUUCAUUAAUAUAAAUUCAUUAAUGAAUUAAUAUUAAUUCAUUAAUAUAAAUUCAUUAAUGAAUUAAUAUUAAUUUAUUAAUAUUAAUUCAUUAAUGAAUUAAUAUUAAUUCAUUAAUGAAUAAGUUAAUAUUAAUCAUUAAUUAAUAAUAAUUCAGCACAACUGUGAUAAUUGUUUUAUAUCCUCGUGAAUGUCUAAAUUGUUACUUUGAAAACCAAAUUUUACUUUGAAUUCUACCAUCGCUAUUCUUAUUAAAGUUUAGUUUCAAAUCUUCCAUCCAGCCAGUGUUUGAUCUCUAGCAAUAUAAAGUAUCAUGAUAGAAUGAGGUGUUUUAUCAUUUAUUAAGGUUAAUGUACCUGUUGUUGAUAUUUCAAGUAUUAUAUUCAAGUUUUUAAUUUUAUAUAAAACUAAAUAUCUCUGCAGGCAGAAACUAAUAGUUCUAAGCAAAUAUAAUAAUUAAUGUUUUGUUGCAUUUUUUUCAAUGUUAGUAGUUUUAUUAUUUUUUAAAUGUUAUACAGAUAACAAUGAUAUAUUUUCAAAUAAUUUUGAUUCAAACCUCUUCUCAUUUAAUUUGUUCGUCUAUCAUAAGAUUAUAUAAUUCUAUUAGUAACAGCAGUGAAAUCAAUUAAAAAAAAAGUGUGAGAAGUUAUCAAAAUAUUCUUGUUCAUCCAGAGAUGGUAUUAUUAUAAUGAAUCAUGUGAUAUUUUAGAGUUUAUUUUCUGAUCAAAAUAAACUACUCCAAGAUUU